AUGACAGAAGCUCAACGUCCCAAGAUCGGCGUCGGCGUUGUCAUCCAUGACAAUGCGGGCAACAUCGUCAUGGGCGAGCGCGCAGGCUCGCACGGCGCAGGAACCCUUCAAUGUCCCGGAGGCCAUCUCGAGUAUGGCGAGUCGUUUGCUGAAACGGCUGCAAGAGAGGUUCUGGAGGAGACUGGGCUUGAGGUGGGCAAUAUCAAGUUUCUGACUGCUACCAACGAUGUUUUCGGAGAGGGAAAGCACUAUGUGACCAUUUUCGUUACCUGCACCAUCACCGGUGAAAAUAAGACACCCAUGCCGAUGGAACCGCAUAAAUGUGCUGCGUGGAGUUGGGUUCCUUGGAGCCAAAUGUGGUCAUGGGCUGGAGAACAGGCGAAAGCGGAGCAGGAAGGAAAAGAGGUGCAGAAGAAUCUAUUCUUGCCGCUUGUCAAUCUAUGGAGAGAGUAUCCUGAGAUGAAGGAUGCGCUCGUCGGGAGAUGA